AUGUCGGGUGCGACCAUUCUGCCGCUCGAGCUUGUCGACCGGUGCAUUGGGAGCCGCAUCUGGGUCGUGAUGAAGAGUGAGCGUGAGUUUGUGGGCACGCUCCUGGGCUUCGACGACUACGUCAGUCCAUCUGCUCACACCAGCGAGGGAACAUCCGACGGCUACAAGAAAACGCCGCUGGCCAAGACGCUGCUGAACGGCAACAACAUCUGCGCGGUACGUCGUGCCUACUGA